CUUGGAUAUGAGACAACUAUGCCGACGAGGGACCAAAUUUGUGGUAGUUGUGGUUGUGGUGGUGAUGGUGAUGGUGGUGGUGGUGGCCGUGGAGGCAGCACGAGGCUACUACAACAGCGUCAACCUUCACCACACAAGCAGCGAGAGAGGGAGGAAUAACACAGUCUGCGAUAAUAGCAGAAGAAGGAGGCACGACACAGCCUGCGAUAGCAGGGGAAGAAGGAGGCACGACACAGCCUGCGAUAGCAGGGGAAGAAGGAGGCACGACACAGUCUGCGAUAACAGCAGAAGAGGGAUGAACGACACAGUCUGCGAUAGCAGUGAGAAAGUAAAAAGAAGCAAAAAAUUCCGAGGUAGUUGCAUCGGGGUGGAGCUGUGGUCAGCACUGAAUGGGUGGGGUUUGAGGGUGGAAGACUGCCAUUCACAUCACCAGCCUCUCCGCCUACGCCCACACUCCCUCCGCCCAUCUACAGGGUGCCACCCUCGGCCCCUGGUGAGCCAAGGCUACACACUGGGGCCGGACCAGGUCCCCAGUCGAUCACCCGUCCCGGAGAAAGGCAUCACUCUCUCCAUUCUUAAUCAGAGGAAACCUUAUCUAAUAUUUCACAAGGUGUUCGCGCUCGGGUCCUACUGGGCACACUGGGCAGACCUGGAAUGGCACUUGGAUCGGGUGGCGCCUGGGCGAAUCGUGGCGAUGACGGUGGCAGUGUCAGGUACUAUGGGUCUUCGCCACGCCGCCCAAUGCCUGGCGAAGCUAGGGUCGUUGAUGGCACUCCAUCUCACGCACAGGGCUCACUGGACAUGGGUGUUUAUCAAGGGCGGACGAACCAUUUCAGAGACCAGCAUUAUCCAAGGCAUCGCCUCACACUCUGCCCACGUCAUCCUCCCUUUGUCACACCUGCAGCCACCAUCAACAGUCGGUAAGAACCAGUUGGUGGAGAAAGAUCGCUGGCAGUACUGUGCAGCUCACGGUGCCAUGGGCGGCCUCUGUGACGAGUCGGCCCCUGAUCCAUUGCCAUGGCCCUCUGCCCCACCCGUGGAGCGGCAAUGGGUCCUGGCAGGUGUCAAGGUGGUGUUGACGGCAGGCAGCAGACACCAGUACCUCUACCACACACUCACCACUCUGCUGGCAACACCCGGCGCACAGCAGCAGAACGUCCUCGUCGUUCUCGGCGACGCGCCGUCGUCAACAACGCGACUCCUGCGUCUUCUCGGCGUCAACUUUAUCAAGCUUACCGUCCAGGGUGAAGGCAACAGCAAGCUCUUCCGCUACUACCGCAGUGUCUUCCAGGUGGCUGCCCGCACCUUCCCCGACGCCCCGGCGGUUAUAUUCCUCGACGAGGAUGUCGAGGUCUCGCCAGACUUCUUCUCUUUCAUGAGCCAGACCCUUGGUCUCCUGCACGCAGACCCAACACUCUACUGCGUUAACUCUCAUUCAAUCACAGGUUUUUCUGAUCGAACAUUCAAUCCCUCGCGUGUGUUCCGAGGUGCUGUUCAGGUUCAGUGGGGGUAUGCUGUAACGCCUCACUUCAUCAAGGAAGCCCUGAGCAAGUGGCCUGAGGUCGAUCACGACACUAACAUCGUAAUAUACGACUACUGGAUCUACACCCACGUCAGGCAGGGAAGAGAAUGCGUCUACCCAGAAGUGAGCCGGAGCAACCACUAUGGCCAAGGCCUGAACACCGACCCUCUAAUAGCUGAGAGGGUCUUUUUAGAUAAGCCAUUAGUGCUGGAAGCCGGCGUGUCUCUAGUCGGAAUUUCCAGGCUCAAGUCAGCCGACUGGCGACAUGACCUCUCAUAUAACAUUAGCUCAGCCACGCCGCUUUUGGGUAAUCCCUGUAAUGCAGACUUCAUACCCAAACAGAACCCCAAACCCCAAAACAACCUUCAGCAACUCUACGUGUUCUAUUACAGGCUAGACCCAACCGAAAAUGGAAUACCAGACGUCACACAGUCUUUUAAUUUACAAAAUUGCGUGGGUGGAUGGAGUAUAUCUGAGCAAGGACACCACGACGGGGUGAGCAUCGUUACUCUCUCCGUCCUCAACACCCUCUACCUGGUGGGGGUCCCCUUCUCCUCCUAUUCUCAUCUCCGUCCUCAGGGACUUCCACUCUGGGACAUCAACACCAUUCCGGACGAGGAAUACGAUAUGGUGGAACAGAACCAACUCAACAGACAUAAGUUCACUCCCAUAAUAGCCAACAGGAAUAUGACGACAUCUCAGCUAAUGACCAUUUUGUCCACACCCUAAAAACACCUGUCCCCACAGUGCAUGGUAGCAUCCAACAAGCUAAACGACGUCAUUAACAUGACGCUAACAACUGCCAAUCGGGCCAUAAUUAAACCCUUCUUCUUUGGGACAUCCCAGUGUACCCAGAAGAAGAAAGUUGGUACAAUCAGAUCUGCUGCCAUGGGUAGCAAGCACACUACGUCACCUGCGUUCCUAAUACCGCUGCCUCAAACAUCUGUACGGAAACUGCCACAACAUUCCGAUCACAAAAGUUAGGUAUUGGUGUUCCCACAUGGUUGUUGAGCCGUCUUCUUCAGGUGCCACAACAGACAAAAAUCAAUGUACUAAAAUAUGUGGACCUAACCUAACCAACCAGGCAUAGAACACGUAGUUGUUUGUCAGCCGCUAUGAUUAAUAAUGUGCCGUAUUUUGUUUGUCGGGGAUUUUGGCCUCAAAAUAUGAUGUAUUCUUUGAGAGGACAAGAUAGGCAGAGAAGCAGCAGCUAGAAGCAUAUGAGCUCCCCAAAAUAAUGAAGUAAUUAAAGUAGAUAAAUAUUGUUUAACCCUGGUAAAGAGAGAGAUGUGAUAUUAAAAGCCUUCUGAACGAG